AAAUCAAGUUUGUUUUGUGAGUAAUUUAUAAGCCCCUUGCUCAAUUUUGCAAAUUCCCUUCCUGCCCUACUUGUGUGGGUAGGGUCGUACUAGGCUAGUUUGAAUUGAAAUAUAGUGUGGCAAUAGAGAAAGAAGUUGUUUUCAUGCAGAUCGACUCCUGAUAUAAAGCAGUUGAAGAUUCGCCAUCCCAAAUUCCAUAGCAAUCAAUGAAAUACCCGGCGGAUUCAGUGGAAGCGGGGCGGUCAACGGCGGCGGGGCUCCGGAAGAAGGGCGCGUGGGUUCGGGCGUGGCUGGUGGUGGACUCAUCGGGGCAGGCGGAGGUGGUGGAGGCCGGGAAGCACGCCAUCAUGCAGCGGACGGGUCUCCCGGCCCGAGAUCUCCGGAUGCUGGACCCGGCCCUCUCCUACCCGUCCACCGUUUUGGGGCGAGAGCGGGCCAUCGUCGUCAAUUUGGAAAACAUCAGGUCCAUCAUAACCUCUCACGAGAUGAUUUUCCAGAAUUCCAAAGACCCUCUGCUCACCCCUUUCGUUCACAAGAUUCAAGGAGUCUUUCGCCAUCGCCAAGCUGUCGUCUUCAGCCAGGAAUGUGGAGAGGUUGGCAAGAAAGAAGUGUGGACAGAUUUUUACAGCUCAAAUGAGCCACAAUCAAUGGCAGAUGGUGGUGAUCAAAUCUACAGUAGUGGACGUUUCCAACAAAGUAAAAAAGAAGAAGAGGGGAAUGCAGAACAAGUUGGAGAGACCUUGAAGAUUCUCCCAUUCGAGUUCGUUGCUCUCGAGGCAUGCCUUGAGGCUACUUGUACUAGCUUGGAUGAUGAAGCAACCAGACUGGAGCAAGAAGCUCAUCCAGCAUUGGAUAAGCUCACUUCCAAGAUUAGCACUCUCAAUCUAGACCGAGUGCGACAUAUAAAGAGUCGUUUGGUUGCAAUAACCGGGCGUGUGCAGAAGGUGAGGGAUGAGUUGGAGCAUUUGCUUGAUGACGACGAAGAUAUGGCAGAGAUGUAUUUGACAGAGAAGUUAGAGGAGCAGCAGCAGUUUGAGAAUUCUUCUAUGAAAGAGCAAGACAUGGUAGAUGAGGAAGAGGAUCGGGCCAAUUUUGAGACGACGAUGGGACUUGAUGCAGACGAGCAGAGUAUGCAAAGUUCCAGCAUCAAGGAUCUCGACGUGGAGGAGCUUGAGAUGAUUCUAGAAGCAUAUUUUGUCCAGAUCGAAGGCACGCUGAACAAGCUAUCUGCUCUGCGAGAGUAUGUGGAUGACACAGAAGACUACAUAAACAUCAUGCUGGACGACAAGCAGAACCAUCUCCUGCAGAUGGGGGUGGUGCUCACCACAGCGACACUGGUGGUGGGCGCGUUUGUGGCCUUGACCGGAGUGUUCGGCAUGAACAUUGGCAUCGAGCUGUUUGACGAGCAGAAAUACAGGAUGUCCGAUUGGCUCUGGACCGCUGGUGGGGGCACCAUCGCCUCCGUUGUCUGCUAUAUAGCUGCAAUUGCCUGGUGCAGAUACAAACGCCUCUUGGAAUGAAGAGAAGUUAAGGUUGUUAGUUUGUUUUAACUGCUGCAGUAGGAGAAGAAGAAGAAUUAGGUAAAUCUUGCUUGCUUUGAGCAUAAACCAGUGUUGAUCAAUGAUCAUAGUUUGAUACUGUUGAUCCUAGCUAGGUUCUUAGUUAUGAGUUGUUUGCUUCAACAUUUUCUUUUAUGAGAAAAAUUGACUGAAGUUUUGGCAAUGUAUUUAACAGAUCUUAUGAAAGAGGGGUUAAAUCGGUUGUGAAUGGUUCUUUUGAUUUAAAUAAACUAAUAUUUGCACCAA